GCCAUGGAGCGCUACGAGAAGCUGGGCAAGGUCGGCGAGGGCUCCUACGGCGUCGUGUUCAAGUGCCGCAACAAGGACACGGGGCAAAUUGUGGCCAUCAAGAAGUUCCUGGAGUCGGAGGAGGACCCGGUAAUCCGGAAGAUCGCCCUGAGGGAGAUCCGCAUGCUCAAGCGACUCAAACACCCGAACCUGGUGAGGCUGCUCGAGGUGUUCCGGAGGAAGCGGCGGCUGCACCUGGUGCUGGAGUACUGCGAGCACACCGUGCUGCAGGAGCUGGACCGGCACCCCCGCGGGGUGCCAGAGUACCUGGUGAAGAGCAUAACCUGGCAGACCCUGCAGGCUGUGAACUUCUGCCACAAACACAAUUGCAUCCACCGGGAUGUGAAGCCAGAGAACAUCCUGAUAACGAAGCACUCCGUCAUCAAACUCUGUGACUUCGGAUUUGCUCGAAUACUGACAGGUCCCAGCGAUUCCUACACGGACUACGUGGCCACGCGCUGGUACCGCAGCCCGGAGCUGCUGGUGGGGGACACCCAGUACGGGCCCCCCGUGGACGUGUGGGCCGUGGGCUGCGUGUUCGCCGAGCUGCUCGCGGGGCUGCCCCUGUGGCCCGGCCAGUCGGACGUGGAUCAGCUGUACCUGAUCCGCAGAACCCUGGGGGAUCUCAUUCCCAGGCACCAGCAAGUGUUCAGCACCAACCAGUUCUUCAGUGGGGUAAGAAUUCCAGACCCAGAGAUCAUGGAACCAUUGGAAGUGAAAUUCCCCAAUAUUUCAUACUCUGCACUGGCUCUCAUGAAGGGCUGCCUUCGGAUGGACCCCGCGGAGAGGCAGAGCUGUGAGCAGCUGCUGCAGCACCCCUACUUUGACAGCCUGAGGGAGGCAGCAGAGCUGGGCAGGGAGCACCAGAGGGGCUCGCAGAAAGCAGCCAGGCUGCCUCGGAGGCACCUGCCGGGGUUACAGUACCUGCCUCAGCUGACCUGCAGCAAAGUUCUCCCAGCUUUGGACAGCAAGAAGAACUGCUGCAAGACAAGGAAAUCAAAGUACCACUUCCCAAACAUCUGACCAGGUGGCACAGCAAAACUCAGUUGAUCGAAGUCAUCCGGGAUUUAUAAAUGGAGGAUGCACAGUGGAAAACUAAAUUACAAAAAUUCUGGCAUGUACAGAGUGAUCUGUCUGUACUCUGGGUCACUGGUGGAGAGGAAGUGAUGCAGGAACAACUCCAAGCUCCUCUUAGUGCUCUGUGUACAAGGCAAAUGCAUUCUGCUUUCAUUCCUGAUUGCCUCCUGGUGCAGGAUUACCCAGCCCAGUGCUCACAGAAUGAAAUUUAAAUCUCUGUCCCUGCAUUUCAGACUUGGCAGGAGAGCUCCACCUUGCCAAAUCCACCAGUCCCUCCUGCUUUGGGCUGGGCCCGGGUCCCUGCUGUGUGAGGAGCUGUGCCUGUGCUGCUGAAGGGCUGCAGCUGUGUGCGUGCAGC